AUGUCCAUCCAGACGGGCCCGUCUCGAUUUUCCUCCUCGGACCUCCCCGAAGAAGAGCAGCAGGUUUUUAUGCAACUUCCUAAUUCUCAACACGCGCCAAGCAUGGCUCGCGAUACGAAGGGACACGGCGACGGCGAGGCUACGGCCCCCAAGGUCGACGAGACUCGGCCGGCCGACCAGCACGACGUGGCCAUCAACGCGUCCGGCCAUGUCCAGGAACUCGAGCGCAACUUCAAUCUACUCUCUCUUGCCGGUGUCGGAUUAGUGGUCGGCAACGUCUGGCCAGCGAUCGGAGGCUCCAUCCUCGUCGCCAUUUUCAACGGCGGUCCCCCGGGCGUCCUCUACGAGUUCAUCGCUGUAUCGGUCUGCUACUGGACCGUCGCCGCCAGCAUCGCCGAGUUGGCGAGCGCCAUUCCUUCAUCCGCCGGAGUGUACCACUGGGCCUCCGUCACACCCGGCCGCCGAUGGGGCCGCGUCGUAGGUUUUUUCGCCGGAUGGUGGAACUAUCUCGCUUGGAUUCUCGGCGCGGCCAGCAUGGCAUCGAUUUUUGGCAACACCGUGGUCCAAAUGUACGCGCUGAACCACGCGGGUUUCGAGGCCAAGCCCUGGCACGUCUUCAUCGUCUACAUCAUUGCGACAUGGCUCGCCUGCGCCAUAGUCUGCCUGGCUAACAGCACCAUGCCACGGAUCAACGACUUUGGCGUCUUUGCGAUUGUAGCCGGUUUUCUCAUCACCGUCAUCACUGUAGCCGUUAUGCCCGGCCGAGACGGACGGCCGCCCCAUGCGUCGUCCUCCUUUGUCUGGGCCGAGUGGACCGCCGACAUCGGAUACCCGAAUGGCUUUGUCUUCGUCGCCGGCAUGCUGAACGGAGCUUUCAGUGUCGGCGCCGUCGAUGCCACGACCCAUUUGGCGGAGGAGAUUCCCAACCCGCAGCGCAACGUUCCCAUCGCUCUUGGGCUGCAACUGAGCAUCGGCUUCAUCACCGGGUUUUGUUAUUUGGUCACCAUUAUGUAUGCAAUCAACGACUACGAUGCUCUCUUUGAAUCGCCAUACCCGAUCGCCGAGAUCUACCGCCAGGCAACCGGCUCCGCUGCCGGUGCGACCGGCUUGCUCGCCCUUGUACUCAUAUGCAUUGGUUUGACGCUGAUAGGACUAUACAUCACUUGCGGUCGCACGCUAUGGGCCCUCGCCCGUGAUGGCGCGAGUCCCCGUCCCGCCCUUCUGGGACAUGUGAGCCCCAGGCUGGGCAUGCCCAUGUGGUCAACGGUCUUGUCAGCCAUACUUGUCACAGUUCUCGGGGCCAUCUACGUCGGCAGCACGACAGCUUUCAACGCCUUUGUGGGAAGCUUCAUUCUUCUUUCUAGCAGCUCCUAUCUCGCCGCCAUACUGCCCAAUCUGCUCUCGGGGCGGAAGAUGGUCGCGUACGGGCCCUUCCACAUGCGUGGGUGGAUUGGCUUUGCCAUCAACGGCAUCGCAUGCUCUUACAUGCUGGUGUGGUUUGUCAUCUACUGCUUUCCUUUCGCCCUGCCUACCGAUGCCCAGUCGAUGAAUUACGCAUGCUUGAUUUGGGGUGGCUUCACCAUAUUCGUUGGUGUAUGGUGGCUGUUGGGGGCAAGGAAGGGAUAUGAAGGCCCGACUAUAACGGGGGGUGCCGUGAUCGAGGCAGCAUCUCACCAUCAUGCAGCCUAA